AUGCAACAAAAUCCAUUUUAUAAUGUAUGUCUAAAACCAGAACAACAAACAGUUGCCGGAUCAUUAUUAGAACUCCAUUUGCAGAGAUAUUUAUUUCCAUUACUGUCUUUUUGUGGUAUUCUUGGAAACUGCCUAAAUUUAACAGUUCUCUUUAAUAAACCGUCAUCAUCACGUUCAAAUAUGUUUUUAUCAACAAUGGCAAUGUCAGAUAUUAUAUUCUUAGUAUUUAUAUUGCCUUUCUCUUUAAUUAACUAUCCUAUAUUUACUUAUAAUUAUUAUUUUCGUCUAUUUUAUUUUCGGACAAAACUUCAUUUACGUGCUAUAUGUAAUUGGUGCUCAGCCGUCACAAUAUGGUGUGUUAUAGCUGUAUGUACAGAUCGUUUAAUAGGUAUUAGAAGGCCUUUAAUGGCUCGAUUAUCAUGUAAAAAGUCAAUUUUAAUAAAUAUAUUUAUAAUUUUCACAACAGGGGCAUUAACAUUUUAUCAACAUUUAGAAUAUUAUUGCCCAAUUAGAGAAUAUUGUAAAAAUACUCAAAUAUUAAGUAUGUGCAAAAAUGUUAACACAAAAGGUCCAUGGUUUAGAAAUGGGACAAAUCCAUACAAUUUAUGGUUUAUUAAAUUUAUAGAUUAUAGUAUUUAUACAAAUGUCUUUGUUAUUGUUAUAUUUCCAAUAAUAAUUUUAGUUAUAUUAAAUGUAUAUUUGUUAUAUACUUUAAAAGAAAGAACUAAUAAUUGGAAAAUGUUAAAUGAAAAAUUAAAUAGUGGAUCAAGAAAAAAUAAGAAUGAUUUAUUAAAAUUACAUAGAAUUGAGAAUCGUGUAACGAUAACUGUUGCAUUAAUUGUAACAACAUUUACAUUUACAAAUGGUCCUUCAGCUAUAAUGACAUUGAUAAAGACUGUCUCGAGUGUUUCACAUAAAAAUAGAACAUUUGUUUUAUUUGAUUUAUUAACGAAUGCCUUAGUUAUUUGUGGAAAAACAUGUAAUUUUCUAUUAUUUUGCCUAUCAUCAAAACACUUUAGAAGUCGUUUAAUUGCAUUAUUUUUAAAAAAAAUUCAUGUAAGAGGAGAAAAUGUAUCAGUUCAUUUAUUGGAUUCAAAAUUUGAAAUAUCAAGAAACUUUCAUAUAAAUAGAUUAAGUAAGUUUUUUAAUAGAAAUAAUAAUGAAAAGAUAAAAGAUGGGAGUUUAGGAAAAUUAAGUAGGAGUAUAGCGUAA